UAAACCACAAGUUGCCUUAAUAUUUAUUAAAUCGAAGACAAAUCAAAUUUUUAAAAAUAAAAUAAUUUAACUAACUGGUAUUGCGUACGCACAAAUCGAAAAUAUAUUAUGACUACACAGUUAGCGGCACCGAGAAAUUUUAUUACCACAACCGCAACAGGAGCGAUUACAAACGAUGGCGAUGCACAAAAUGUAACUGCUAUUACGGCCACCACCGAUCCAAUACAAUCGGAGAUAAUUUUAACGACACAAAGCACAAAUGAAAAUCAUGAUCUCAAUGGAGGAACCACGGUUGGGACAUUAGGCGAUGCCGAAUCAAAUGCCCUGACAGUAACGACAGAGUCCAAUGGCGCCGAAGAUGAAUUUGAAUUCAUAACAACCGAUAAUUUUGAAGAUGUUAUGACACAGAAAAAGUUAACAACUAGUCAUCAACAGGAAGAGGUGGCGGUCAUUAGUGUGGUCGUACCCAUGGAUGCUGCUGAUGCCUCGAGCAAUGAUACAAACGCUUGUAACAUUGCCACACUGACGGCGAUUAAAGACGAUUCCGAUCUGGUACAGCAGGUAGCGAAUGGGCAAGUGACGGUAUUACAAGCACCAUCCGUAGAUGAUGAAGAUGUAACGCCGCAAUUUAUCACCGUAACAGUGUCCGCCCAAGAUGCUGGUCAAAACUAUCAAGUGCAAUAUGUAGAUACCGAACUGUAUCACAGCAAUUCUAGUCAAACGCAAAUGACCUAUCCCUUUUGUCCGGUCGGUGAUUAUCAAAGUAACGGUCAAUCUUACUAUACAACGACAACUGCGGGUAACUAUGCUUCGACGGCUUCCUUGAAUACGCCCACAGCUCAUACACCAAGUGCUUUACCUUAUUUGGUACCAGUUGAUGAGAGUUUAUUGCUGAAUACGUCAUCACAAUCGCAUAGUCGUGAUUCUCCGCACAGUUUGACCGAGGUGGCUUAUCUGCAUGAAGCACAAGGCGCACCGCAAACACCCACGUCAACGACGACAACGAAUUCAUUGGGCGGCGGCAGUGUCAGCGCUAGCAAUAGCAAUAGUGUUGGCGGAGGUGCUGAUAUAAAAUCAGAAAAUGAAAGCCAUUUAGGGAAUACAAAUAAAAUAGCGACAGCUACGAUAAAAUGGCUAUCACGUAACUACGAGACGGCAGACGGUGUCAGUUUACCGCGUUCAACUCUUUACAAUCAUUACAUUCAGCAUUGCAACGAGAGCAAGUUGGAGCCGGUAAACGCGGCCAGUUUUGGCAAACUAAUACGUUCAGUAUUCUCGGGCCUACGGACGAGACGUUUGGGUACACGCGGCAAUUCCAAAUACCAUUAUUACGGUAUUCGCAUUAAGCCAGACUCAAUCUUAAAUCAAAUAACAGAAGAGAAGACUGCCUUCGCAAUGCACGGCUCCGCGUCUUCCAAUAGCACGAGCAAUGCCGGAUCCCUAAGCGCGGGUGUCAGCAAUGCUAAUAUCACGUGCAGUAUUCAUGGUACUACUGUUGGCAGUACCGGAAAUCUUGGCAUGGGUGGCAGCCAUACGACUAAGACAUCCCGAAAACAUAUCCUUAAGCCCGAAACAUAUGAAGCCUGCGUUCAGUUUUUAGGUGACGGUAGCGGUGCGAUUCCAUCUCUACCGGUCAUCGAUUUGGGUAAUAGUUUCGGUAACGAAUUGACAGCAGAAGAUGCGGAUAUAUUUCGAUCGAUGUAUCGCGAGCAUUGCGAAAAUUUUUUAGACGCUAUUCUCAAUCUCGAAUUUCAUACAAUUGAGUUCUUAUGGCGUGACUUUUGGCGUGAUACCUCCGACAAUGGCAGCAGUCUCGACGAGUGCGGAGACGAGAAAUAUUUGAGUAAAAAUAAAUUAUAUCUUUUGUGCCAUUGCGCAGGUGUGCAAAAAUUUGUACGAGAAAUGGACUAUCAAUUCUAUCAGAAUAUGGUUGAUGUUAUUAUACCCGAUGUUUUACGUUCGAUACCGAACGCCUUAACACAGGCCAUACGUAAUUUUGCCAAGAAUAUGGAAAUUUGGUUGUGCGAAUGCAUGUUAGGUGUGCCGGAGCGUAUGAUUCAAAUUAAAUCGACCGCUGUAUCGGCAUUUUGUCAAACAUUACGUCGUUACACUUCGCUCAAUCAUUUGGCUCAAGCGGCGCGUGCUGUAUUGCAGAAUAGUACGCAAAUUGCUCAAAUGCUAAACGAUUUGAAUCGCGUCGAUUUUCAUAACGUUCAGGAACAAGCAGCCUGGGUUUGCCAAUGUGAACCGACCGUUGUUCAACGUUUAGAAAAUGAUUUUAAAGCCGCUCUCCAACAACAAAGUUCUUUAGAGCAAUGGGCAUCGUGGUUGCAAUUAGUUGUGGACUCAACUUUACAAGAAUAUCAUGGCAAACCAAAUUAUGCGAAAGCGGCUCGACAAUUCUUAUUGAAAUGGAGUUUCUACAGUUCGAUGGUGAUACGGGACCUUACACUUAGAUCGGCAUCAAGUUUUGGUAGUUUUCAUUUAAUACGUUUGCUGUACGAUGAAUACAUGUUUUAUUUGGUAGAGCAUAAGAUAGCUGAAGAACAACAGAAAACCGCUAUAGCAGUAAUUUGCGAUCGUGUUAAAAAAGACGUUGACUUUGAUUUCGAAUAUCAAUUAGAAUUCAUCACAUCAAGCAAUGUGAGUUCAGAACAAGCUUCAAAACGUGUGAAACACGAAUGAGAAAUAUUCUACACGUUUUACGAUAAUCAUACACAACUCUGGGAUAAAUUUCAUGACAUAUUUCUCGAAUAUCUUUUCAAAUUGCGAGGACAAAGAAUUUCAAUUUCAAACUGAAAAUUCGCUAAACUUCGACUGAAAUGUGAAAAUGCAAAGACGACGGAUUGAUGCAUGCGCUUCUUGUAAAUGUUUUAUUAGAAAAAAUUGUCUUUUUAACUGUAAUUAAUUUUCUUCAUAAGUUCUUAUAAUUAUGUAUAAAAUGCCAUUAUAUGAAAACUAUAGUGUUAAGCCGUCCAAACACAAUAUGAAAUGCUUGAUGAUGAUAAUGAUAAUGAUGAUGAUGAUGUUGAUGAUGAUGAACUCUUCAAGCAUUUCAACAUUAUAAACAAACACUUGUCUAAAUUAAUUACAUGUACAAGUAUAUAUAUAUAUAUAUGUACAUAUAUAUAUAUAUAUAUAUAUAUUGAAUUGUAUAUAAAAAUCGUUUACAAUUAAUGUUAUUCCCCGUCUAUAUCUAUGUGUAUAUGUAGCAUAUGUUUAAAAUUUGAUUAAGUAUUAACAAAAUACUUGUCAAUCAAUCUUAUAUUACUUUUCGUGGAUAAUUGUUUUUUUUUUUUUUUUUUU